GUGUCCUAAAAUUUAUAGUUAGUUAGAUUUGAAAAAAAAAAUGCGGACCUCACCCUUUGAAAAAAGUGCGAAGUUUGAUGACUUAAAUCGCAAUUGUGAGAACUGAGCAGAAACAAUGGGCGUGUAGUUCUACGUUUGAUGGCUGCACACUAUACCUGUUAGGGUUACCUGCUCAUCAAUGGCGGAUCUGCUUCUCUUUCCCCCUUCCUCCAAGCUCUCCUCAUCCAUGGCGGAAUUUUUAGAUCACAACUUCAAAACCCUAGAUGAUCUUCUCAAAAUCACUACGGUUCAGGACAACCUGAAUAAAGAAUGCUUGGAUUUGGAUCGCCAUUUGAUGGAUCUUAGUUACCGUUUCUCAGAGGUUGUGGCUUCAUUUUCUUCACAUUCUGAUACGAUCAAGGGUUUCCUUGGUGACCUAAAGCUCAAACUAAGCAAUUUUAGGGUUUCUGGGCCUUGCGAUGAAUCAGCAGUAAACAAUAACAUUGGAAGCAUUUUGUCAAAGGAGUUGCCUUUACUUGCUAAGGAAGUAGGUAGAGUUGAGAUGGUUCGAGUCUAUGGAGAGACCACAUUAAAGCUGGAAGCUCUUGUCGGUGAUCUUGAAGAUUCUGUGGUCUCCAUUAUGAAUAUUAACCCAAGGAAGGGUAACCCCAUGAUAAUGGGAAGUGCCCCUAACCAAUAUGAAGUUGAAACCAAGCAGCAGAAACUUGUCAUGGCUAUUAACUCCAUAAACCUUAUAGAGGACAUGUUAACCAAUCUUGUAAAGUCUCAGCCACAAUGGUCUCGCCUGCUAAAAGCUGUUGACUCCAGAGUAGAGCAAUCCUUGGCCAUUCUCAGGCCUCAGGCCAUUGCUGAUUAUCGAGCUCUCUUGACAUGCAUUGGAUGGCCACCUCCCCUUUCAGUGAAAAAUCUUGAUCAAGGAGAGAAAAACCCACUAAUUGUUAUGCAUGGAUCGAUUAAAGAGAACUAUUCUCAGAGUGUGCUUUCUCUCUGUACCCUACAGCACUCACACAUUUUGAGGCGAGCCCGGAUUUGUAGCCAACUAAGACAUAAUAAGGAGAACCGAUUGCUAGAUUUGGGUGCUGUGCAAAAACCCAAUCCAAAUGAGUUGUUAUGGACAAUUGAGGAGCUUGUUUCUCCUAUAUAUUCUAGGAUGGAACCUCAUAUUGCAAAAUGGGCUGAUAAACCAGAGUUUAUUUUUGCUCUCGUGUAUAAAGUAACAUGGGAUCUCGUGGAUGGAGUUGACUAUGUCUUACAACCCUUGAUAGACAGGGCGAGACUUUCAGGUUACAGUGCAAGGGAGGAAUGGGUCUCUGGUAUGGUUGCUGGGCUUUCUCUCAUUCUCUCUAAACAAAUUUUUUCUAUCCUGGCUAAUAGAUAUAGAGAUGGGGAUCGAGAGGUGAAAUCCUUGUGGCUUCACUUGGUGGAUUUGGUUCUCUCUUUCGAUAAGCGGAUGCAAGAACUUGUAAGCUCAGACCUCUCACUUCCAAUUGCCAAAAUUGCACACACUGAUGCAAGCUUGUUGAGCCCUAGGAGUGCAGUGAUACACAUAUUUUGUGAUCAGCCUGAGUGGUUUGUAAUUUGGACCGAGAUAGAGCUUGAGGAUGCUGAAGAGAAGCUUAAGACUCAACUAGAAAAGGACACUGCAUGGAUAGUUGAUAAAGGAUCAAAAUUUGAAUCAGAAUCACCCCAAAGCCAAAUUCCUGAGUCUUUCCUUCUCUCUACCAUUGAGGACUAUAGAGCUCCUCCAAUUGCAGACUCUACGAUUAAACUAGUGUUCUCUCUCAUUGAGAGAUGUCGUUCUUUGCCCAAUGUCUUAUUUCAGAUUCAGUUCAUCAAACUAACUACAUCUCCUAUUUUACAUUGGUUUCUUGAUUUAUUGAUAUGGCAGUGUCAAGAAAUUGACCUCUCAGCCUCUUUAGGUGAUGAUGCUGUGAUCUCUACGAUCAUGAAUUGCAUAAAUGCAGCAGGGUAUUGUGUAUCUGUUCUUCGAGAGUGGAGUGAGAAGCUGACCUUCUUAGAAAUGAGAUCCACAGAGGAAGAAAUCCAGAAUCAGAUAGACAAAGCACUACCAGAGACCCCAACCUACUUCUUUGAUGAAGAAAUUGAAAAAUUGGGGAAAUUUCAAACUGAAUGGCUCUCGGAAAUAAUGGCAAAUUUCUUGCGAGAAUUUGAUAAUUAUUCACAUGACUAUGUGAAAAACAAGAAGCAAUGGCAAGAAACAGGAGGUGAAGCUUUUGAUACAGUUGAUGGGUCUUCUGGUUUUGCUGUCCUGUCCAUUUCUACUGAAUUCAUUGCAGUUUUGGAUAAUUUACAAGGAAGGAUUCGAAACCUGAACAUAGGAUUGAAUGCUAAGGAUUUCUCAGAUCUCUGGCGAAGCAUAGCAGGUGGAUUAGACAGGUUUAUAUUUAAGAGUCUAUGUUUGGGUGGCACAAAGUUUUUGGAUCGAAGGACCAAGCAGUUUGCGAUUGAUAUGAAAGCACUUUUUAGUGUGUUCAAGCCUUUUUGUGUCAGACCAGAAGCAUUUUUUCCUUUCAUAAGUGAUUCAUUGAAGCUGCUGGCCAUGUCCCAUGAAGAAGCAAAGCAUUUAGGUAUGAUUUUGGGUGCCUUGAAUAGUUCUGUUGACAAGAGAAAACUGGAAUUGCUAAGGCAUGGAAUCCACCAUAUAUCACCCCGCAAAGCUCUGAAAAUACUCAGGAAUCACAUAUAUUGAUUUUCAAUUUUAGAUGGUAUGGUUUUUCUGUUGAAGUGUGUUUUUGAGGUGUAUUGUUUGUUAGAUUUGUGCUUAUGAUGAAUGUUCAGUAAAACCAGACGGAAGUAAAAACUAGGUUGGGCUAGGUUGGGCUCUCUCUCUCUCUCUCUCUCCUCUCGCAAGUUUAUAUUUUGCCGAAUUUUGACUGAUGGACACCAGACAUGGAGCUGUACUAGUUCUCGUACACAAUUGUUUUGUAGGUGUUAUUCUAUUUCUGUUUGUAAAAGCAUUUUGAUUUUAAUGUGGUUCAUGAUUUUAGGGUAA